UUUCCCCUCCAGGUGUGCCUCACCUGCUGCUCCAGGGAAUCCAUGGUGAGGAUCAACCAGAUCUGCCACAAAAACGGCAUCAAGUUCUUCACCGGCGACGUUUUCGGCUACCACGGCUACAUGUUCGCUGACCUGGGCGAGCACGAGUUCGUGGAGGAGAAGCCCAAGGUGGCCAAGGUGAGCACGGGGGUGGAGGAUGGACCCGAGGCCAAACGGGCGCGGCUGGAGCCGGCCGAGACCACCAUGGUCAAAAAGGUCAGUGACCCCAAAACCCUAAAACCUGGGAUGGACCCCAAAACCCUGGGAUAUGGACCCCAAAACCCUGGGAUAGACCCCAAAACCAAACCCCAAACGGGCCCGGCUGGGGCCGGCCGAGACCACCAUGGUCAAAAAGGUCAGUGACCCCAAAACCCUGGGAUGUGGACCCCAAAAUCCUGGAAUAAACCC